AUCGUAAAAAAAAAUUGCAGUUUGCGCUUUUACGAUUCCUUUACACUUUUGCCUGCGUGAUAAUAAAAUAAGAAUACACGAACGGCAACAACAAUGACGUCACGGAGGCCGUUCAGCGAAGUUGCCAUAGCGACCGCGGUGCUAGUUCUGUUCGCGACCACUCUGAUCGAUCGAGGUGUCGCGUUGAAAUGUCACUUUUGCGUUGGGAUCAACCAUUGCAACGCAACCGGAGAGGAGAUCGAGCCGAUAAACUGCACGGAUGACAUCGUUCGACGGACCAACGAAUCGCUGGCAAGCUUCAUGCCAACCUUGGUCUAUGGCCCGAAAAUUUCGGAAGACGCGUUCCAGUGUGUACACGUGCGGGCCACUUCGCUCACGGAUAUGACAUUCCUGUUUGUUCGGGGCUGCGUGUAUUCGAUGAAUUCGACCGGUUUCUGUGACAUCCGGUACGCCAGUUUUCGUGGAACCCGGGAGUGUGUCGCCUGUGAUCACGAGGACCUGUGCAACGAUGUCGCUAUUAGUGACGCUGGGAAAUUACCACAGCCUGCUGCGAUCGUCACCUGGCUGGUCACGCUGAGCACAACACUCAUCACCGCUAAUAAUUACCUGCACCGAUGAAUAGUAAUAAAAAUUAAAAUUUAUUAUA